AUGCGACACUUUCUCUUCCUCAAGGAGAAGACUGUCACACAGACUUCAACCCUCGACUCCCUUCCCUCUAAAUCUGUGAAGGGCGCUUCGUUCCUUAUCCUCCUCCAAAUUGGAUGCCGGGCCCUCACCUUCAUCGUUAACCAGGUCUUGCUACGUUUUCUAUCUCCUCAUGUCCUCGGGCUCUCUGCCCAAUUAGAGCUUUUCUCCAUCUCCACGCUAUACUUUUCUCGUGAAAGUCUCCGCAACGCACUCCAAUAUAAACCAAGUGAUGAUGAACAGAAAAAGACCGCAGAAGGGGUUGGAGGGGAGAAGAAGAAGAAGAAGGGCUCUGGCAACGUAGCCAUUAGCUAUGGAUCGACUAGGAGGAUGCAGGAGGUUGUCAAUCUCUCGCACGCAGCGAUCGCCAUUGGUCUCCCGUUGACUGUUGCUUUCACCUGGCUGUACUUGCGGAAAGCCGGCACAGCGGUCCUCGAGUCUCAUCACCUGGAGAGCUCAGUCUACAUCUACGCUCUUGCUACAGUCAUUGAGCUUCUGAAUGAGCCUUCAUUCAACGUUGCCCGACAAGAGAUGAUGUACGCAACUCGUGCUUCAGCCGAGUUUCUGGCAUUCUUCACGAGGGCUAUCAUAAGCUGUUCAAUCUCAAUAUGGGUAGGCAUGAGCGGCCGUAAUGUUGGCGUUCUGCCCUUCGCCGCUGGCCAGCUUGGAUACGCCAUCACUCUCAAUGUUCUCUAUCUCUCAAACGUCUAUCCUAUCUGCGUCCAAAAUGCAGUGUCGCUCCUUGCUGCACCCAUUGCAUCAAGCACAGGCUACUUCAUCUCACGCUUCUCCCGCCCUCUCAUCAUGCGGACGGCAACUCUCUAUGGCCAAAACAUAUUCAACCAGCUACUCACAUACGGCGAUGGCUACCUCAUCGCAACAUUCGCAUCCCUCCCUUCCCAAGGUGCUUACGCCCUAGCUUCCAAUUACGGCGGUCUCCUCGCCCGCAUCAUUCUCCAACCAAUAGAAGAAUCCUCCCGCUCUCUCUUCGGCCGUCUCCCGGCUUCUCAAGCCACCCCAAAGUCUAAAGACAACGCAGUUCUCUCCCAAGCAAAACACCACCUCACUACCCUCCUCCGGCUCUACCUCCUCCUCUCCAUCUUCGCCACAUGUCUCGGCCCACCCCUCGCCCCCAUCCUGCUCCGCCUCGUCGCCGGCAGCCGUUGGACUCAUACAGAAGCUCCGGGUGUACUAGCCACGUACUGCUACUAUAUCCCUCUCCUCGCAAUCAAUGGCAUCCUAGAAGCCUUCGUCAGCGUCGUUGCUACCGAUCCACAACUCACUAGGCAGACUGUCUGGAAGGUCGCUUUUUUCGGCGCAUUUGCUGGCACGGGAUUCCUGGUACUCAGGGUCUUCGAGAUGGGUGCGAAGGGGUUGGUGGUUGCGAAUGCGGUGACGAUGGGACUGAGGAUUUGGUGGAGUUGGGCCUUCGUGCAGGGGUAUAUGAGGAGUGUGAAUGAUGGGGAGGGUUUGACGUUGAGAGAUAUGUUGCCCAGUACGGGAACUGUGGCAAUGGGGGUUGCGGCGAGAGCGGCGCUCAUGGUUACGGAGACGGGGACGCGGCAGGAGGGUGGUUUGGGGGAAUUGGUCAGAUGCGCCCUCGUGGCCGGCGUGUGUGUGCUUGGAGUUGUCACGUUCGAGCGGGACUUCUUCGCGGAGUUCGUGCCGCACGGGUUGGUUAAGAGGUUUCCCAUGCUACGUCGGUUCGCAAAAAGAGGUGACGAUGUUGGUGCAAAGAAACAUAGCUAG